AACAAAAAAAAAAACGGUUCCCCAGCAACGAGAAAAAGCAUCCGGAACCAUCCGUCCCAGUCCUGCGCGAUCCUAGAGGUACAAUAGGGAGCUGCAAGGAGAUGUCGAUUCCAUUCUCCAAUACCCACUAUCGAAUACCACAUGGAUUUGGGAGUCUUCUAGAAGGGCUGACUCGUGAAAUUCUCAGAGAGCAACCGGACAACAUACCAGCUUUUGCCGCAGCAUAUUUUGAGAAUCUUCUAGAGAAAAGAGAGAAAACCAACUGUGAUCCUGCAGAAUGGGGGGCUAAGGUAGAUGACCGCUUCUAUAACAACCAUGCAUUCAAGGAUCAACAAGUAUCUGAAGUACCUGAGCCUGGAACAAAGCCCAAAGCAACUGGCCCAAAGGCCACACCUACAAUAGCCAUUGAAUCAACUGAAGAUGAAAUAGAGAGGGGGAUAGCGGCACUCAAAAUCCAAGCCGUCUACCGAGGACAAAGAGCUCGAAGAGAGGUUAAGAAGUUGAAAAUUGAGAAAGCAGACGAGAAGUGA